AUGCUCAGUAAUGUCAGUACUUCCUACAGACACAUCUCACAAACAACAGACACACCUCGCCAACACUACACACAUCUCACCAACAACAGACAUUUUAACAACAUCAGACACCUCUCACCAACAACAGACACAUCUCAUCAACAACAUACAUAUCUCACCAUCAACAGACACACCUCACCAUCAACAGGCACACCUCACCAACAACAGACACAUCUCAUCAUCAACAUACACAUCUCACCAUCAACAACAGACACACCUCACCAUCAACAGACACACCUCACCAACAACAGACACAUCUCACCAACAACAUACACAUCUCACCAUCAACAACAGACACAUCUCACCAACAACAGACAUAUCUCACCAUCAACAACAGACACAUCUCAUCAACAACAUACAUAUCUCACCAUCAACAACAGACACAUCUCAUCAACAACAUACAUAUCUCACCAUCAACAGACACACCUCACCAACAACAGCCACACCUCACCAACAACAGACACAUCUCACCAACAACAUACACAUCUCACCAUCGACAGACAUAUCUCACAAAUAACAGACACACCUCACCAACAACAGACACACCUCACCAACAACAGACAUAUCUCACCAACAACAGACACACCUCACCAACAACAGAUAUAUUUCAUCAACAACAGACACAUCUCGCCAUCAACAAACACAUGUAAUCAACAACAGACACACCUCACAAACAACAACAGACACAUCUCACCAACAACAGACACACCUCACCAACAACAGCCACAUCUCACCAAUAACAGACACAUAUUAACAACAGACACACCUCACCAUCAACAGACAUAUUUCAUCAACAACAGACACAUCUCGCCAUCAACAGACACAUGUCAUCAACAACAGACACACGUCACAAACAACAACAGACACAUCUCAUCAACAACAGAUACACCUCACAAACAACAGACAAACCUCACCAACAAUAGACACAUCUCACCAUCAACAGACAUAUCUCACCAUCAACAGACACAUCUCAACAACAACAGACACCUCUCAUCAACAACAGACACAUCUCACCAACAACAGACACACCUCACAAACAAUAGACACAUCUCACCAUCAACAACAGACACAUCUCACCAUCAACAACAGACACAUCUCACCAACAACAGACACAUAUCACCAACAACAGACACAUCUCACCAUCAACAGACACACCUCACCAUCAACAGACACCUCACCAACAACAGACACAUCUCACCAUCAACAUACACAUCUCACCAUCAACAACAGACACAUCUCACCAACAACAGACACAUUUCACCAUCAACAGACACACCUCACCAUCAACAGACACCUCACCAACAACAGACACAUCUCACCAUCAACAACAGACACAUCUCAUCAACAACAGACACACCUCAUCAUCAACAGACACAACUCACCAUCAACAGACACAUCUCACCAACAACAGACACAUAUCAACAACAGACACAUCUCACCAACAACAGACACAUCUCACCAACACCAUACACAUCUCACCAACAACACCAGACACAUCUCACCAUCAACAUAUACAUCUCACAAACAUUAACAGACACAUGUCAUCAACAACAGACACACCUCACCAACAACAGACACACCUCACCAACAACAGACACAUCUCACCAACAAGAGACACAUCUCACCAACAACAGACACACCUCACCAACAACAGACACAUCUCACCAACAAGAGACACAUCUCACCAAUAACAGACACAUCUCAACAACAGACACACCUCUCCAUCAACAGACACAUCUCACCAUCUACAGACACACCUCAUCGUCAACAUAUAAUCUCAUCAACAACAUACACAUCUCACCAACAACACCAGGCACAUCUCAUCAACAACAGACACAUCUCACCAACAACAGACACAUCUCAUCAACAACAGACACACCUCAUCAUCAACAGACACACCUCACCAUCAACAGACACAUUUCACCAACAACAGACACAUCUCACCAAUAA